UACGCACACCGUCUCUCUCUCUCUCUCUCUCUCUCUCUCUCUCUCUCUCUCUCUCUCUCUCUCUCCACGCCUUAUCUUCUUCCCUCCUCUUGAACAAUCUUCUUUGUCAUCUCUCUGCUCGUUGUUGCUUCCCCUUCCUUCUCCUCAUCGGCGUCCUCUAUGUUCGUUGUUGCCUCUCCUUCUUUCUCCUCACUGACGCCCUCUUUGUUCGUCUAUGUAUCAUGUUUCCUCUAUUCGGUCCUAGUCUCUUGUAAUGGAUAAUUUGGUCAGUGGAUCCACCAAAAUUCCGUUAUUAGAUGGUGGAUCUGAAUCGCCAACUCCUCACCCGGUGGAUCCGCCUCUACCAUUAUAGAUCUGAAACCAUGUCCUGAAUCAGAUCUAAAACUUCCAUUUAGAAUGUUCAUCAUUCAUUUUGGACUGGAGAGUUCAUCUGAUACGGAUCCAGAAUGGUGGUUGCAUAAGAAAUACGAUGUCAACCUAGUUUCUAAUACGUAUGAUGGGUUGGUGGGUUUGGAGGAGGAUUCCGGCAAAGAAGUGAGCUUGGCAUCAGUGAGCGAGGAAGAAGAUGUUGAGACAGGAAGCGAAGUGGAAGGGACAGAUGAAGGUCUCCGAAAGAGGGGUAGGCUAAACUUUGCACGUACUAAUCUGACAACACGCAUUAAGGACAAUAAACAUAUGCUUUCUUUAUCUCUUCAUUUAUGUGUUUAUUCUGAUUUUGUGGGAAUUGCCUUCGUGUGUGAAGUCUGUUGGCCAAUGUUUGUAACUCGUGAUGAAUUCGGGCUUGUUUUAUAUAAUGAAUGAUGGUCCUCUAUGAUUGUUGUUAGCCAAUGAAUUGUGAAUGAUGUGUAACCAUUACAUUUAAUUUAUGCAAACCACAAUUUGAA